GCCCCGCAUCAUUUCUGCGUUGUUUGGGGACAGUAGGAAGAUGGCGGCGGCCCCGCUCUACUGUGUCUGCCGGCAGCCUUACGAUGUGAGCCGGUUUAUGAUCGAGUGCGAUAUUUGUAAGGACUGGUUUCACGGCAGCUGUGUGCAGGUAGAAGAGCAUCAUGCUGUGGAUAUCGACGUGUACCACUGUCCCAACUGUGAUGUUGUACAUGGACCCUCCCUGAUGAAAAAGCGCAACAACUGGCAUAGACACGAUUACACAGAGCCGGAUGAUGGAAGUAAGCCAGUGCAGGCUGGCACCCCAGUGUUUAUCAGGGAGCUCCAAAACAGGACAUUCCCCAGCGGGGAGGACAUUCUGAUCCGAAUGAAGGGUGAGCAGGUAACACGUCGCUACCUGGAAAAGCACGGCUUCAAAUACCCCAUAAAGGUCACUGAGAUGGAGGGCCUGGGGCUGAAGCUACCGCCCUCUACUUUCUCUGUCAAAGAUGUGGAGCAGUAUGUGGGUGGCGACAAAAUCAUUGAUGUGAUCGACGUGGCUCGGCAAGCAGACAGUAAGAUGAAGCUCAGCGAGUUCAUCAAGUAUUUCACCAAACCCCAUCGACCGAAGGUCCUCAACCUCAUCAGCCUGGAGUUCUCAGACACCAAAAUGUCAGAAUUGGUCAUGGUUCCCGACGUGGCUCAGAAGAUGUCUUGGGUGGAGAACUACUGGCCAGAUGACUCCUUCUUUCCCAAACCUUUUGUGCAGAAGUACUGCCUGAUGGGAGUUAAGGACAGCUACACCGACUUCCACAUAGAUUUUGGUGGUACCUCUGUGUGGUACCAUGUUCUCUGGGGUGAGAAGGUCUUCUACUUGAUCAAGCCCACUGCGGCCAACCUUGCACAAUAUGAGGCAUGGAGCUCGUCGCCCAAUCAGAGCGAAGUCUUCUUUGGGGACAAAGUUGACAAGUGCUACAAGUGUGUUGUGCCCAAAGGAACUACUCUGCUCAUCCCCACAGGCUGGAUCCAUGCCGUGCUCACGUCUCAGGAUUGCAUGGCAUUUGGAGGGAACUUCCUUCACAACCUCAAUAUUGGCAUGCAGCUCAAGUGUUAUGAAAUGGAGCGGCGUCUGAAAACCCCUGACCUCUUUAAGUUUCCUUACUUUGAAGCCAUAUGUUGGUAUGUGGCCAAGAACCUACUGGAAACCCUCAAAGAGCUACGAGAGGACAACUGUCCACCUCCAACCUACCUGGUGGAAGGAGUCAAGGCUUUAAUUUGUGCGCUGAAGACCUGGUUGAAACGAGAGGUGUCUGAGCCCACCAGUGAAGUACCAGACAAUAUCAGGCCCAACCAUCUCAUUAAAGAGCUGACCAAGGAAAUCCGCCACCUGGAGGAGGAGCCGGCUAUCGGUGCGAAGCCAGUGAAAUCUCAGGGAAGUGGGUGUGUCGUCGGAUCCGCCGGGUCCAGCGCGAGCGGUGUUACUCGCUCCACGCUGGAGAAGCUGUGUCAGGCCAGACGGGCACGAAGGGCAGCCAGACGGCUGAGAGAGCAGCAGAGACAAGUGCCGUCCAACCUGGACAUCUUGGAGCAGCACACCCGGGAGGUGCUGAGGAGGCUGGAGGUGGGACCGCUCGAGGAGGAUCCAGCAUUCUGUGCAAAGGUUCAUGGGAAGCUCAAUAAAGUAUCAACAGCUUCAGCAGCAGCAGCUGCAGAGUCUUUGGAGGACAACCACCUCCGUCUGAUGCUGGUCAACGGCAGAAUCAUCAGAGAUAUGAGGCGGCCAAGCAGCAGUCCAGUGAAGCUGGAAGGAGAGAGGUUCUCUGUAGGUCACAGCCCAACAAAGAUAAAGUCUGAGAGGACACAAGACUGUGGAGAGCACCCCGGCACAGGGCAUCUGGAGAGAGUGAAGACAGAACUCAGGGAAGAAGUCUCAGGAGACUCCAGUGUGUCAGACGUGGAGUCAGAUAGUGAUUCUCCCACAGAGCGUAAGGUGUCGUCUUCGUCCUCAUCGGACGACGAUACAGACAGUUCCCAGGAGGAGGAGAGAAGCUCAUCUCAGCAGAAAAGUUCAGGGCACACCACGGAGCUGGACCAGAAACUCAGGCACAAACACAAAACACUGAAACGCCAAUGUCCUACCUCACCCAGCACAGAAGAGGCCAUUCAGGGGAUGCUGUCCAUGGCUGGUCUGCUGUGCUCCUCCAAGCAGGAGAAGGUAGCCUCCUCCCAGGAGCCCUGGUGGGCCAGCCCCAGCCAGUGCCCCCUGCUGGAGCAGAGGGCGUUGGCGCAGCACCAACAUCGAAUCCAGGGGGACAAGAGCCCCAUGGACAGCCAGGGCAACAGCAGCAGCGAGGCCUGGGACAAUCAUGGGCUUCCCAGCCCAGAGCCAGAAUACCAAUACUGUGACCCCGCUAUGUCUCCCCCGCUGCACCCCUCCAAGAGGCACGCCCCCAACCCUCCACCAAUCAGCAAUCAGGCCACAAAAGGCAAACGUCCCAAGAAAGGAAUGGCCACUGCCAAACAGAGACUGGGAAAGAUCUUAAAACUCAACAGACACAGUCGGGUCUUUGUGUAAGGCUUUAUUUAUUUUUUUUUUUUUUAGGGGGUGGGUGUAUAAAAAAAAACAAAAAACAAAAAAAAAAAAAACCUGCAGUUGACCGGUCAGACACGCUCACUGUGCAUGUUUAGGAGACAGGGUAAUCAGAUUUGAAAUGGGCGAGUGCACGACUUCACUACAAGCACACAGAAGA